AUGAGGGGCCCGGUGCUGGCGCUGGCCUUGCUCGCUCUCCUGAUUGCGGCACGUGAAGGAAAAGGUGAAGGAAACACCGUGAAGCUCUGCGGGAGAGACUUUGUCAGAGCCAUCGUCUUCACCUGCGGCAGUUCUCGGUGGAAAAGGCAUUUGACUGAUUAUGGCUACCUGUUUGAGAGUGAAAAUCCCCUGCCUUUCUCACAAGAGAACAACGGUUAUGCCGACUCCUUGAUGUACACAGACCAGAGGCUGGAGGCUGACAGCGAAGAAAUCCACAACGUCAAGCCCGAGACAGAGCGAGACUUACAAGGCACCAGGAAAAUGUCUAUGCUAAAAAAGCGCGAAGUAGCCAAGUUGCUUACCACAUCCUGCUGCAGCAUCGGCUGCAGUGAGAGAGAGAUCCGUUCGCUGUGCUAA